AUGCACGAGUGCAUUUCGUUGCUCUGGUCACUUGACGGAGCGAACGGCAAACGGGGACAGGCAUUCAUUUUUUACUAUUCGCUAUUGUUGCAACUGCUUUUGUUACUAAUGUUGUUGUUGCUAGCAGCAGCUACGAGCCCAAAAGCGAUGAGCAAGUCGUCGCUGAAACUGUAUUGGCUGCUAUUGUGUUUAUUUACAAGUCAGGCGCAGGCGUGGCACGAUGAGACCUAUGCAGAUGAGCCAGCUGCAGACGAGGAGCAACUGCUGGUGCAAUUUCAACUGGGCUAUGAGCAAUGGGAGCGGCAGUGCGAGCCGUAUGAAAAGCAAGCGGAGCCAGCGGUGAGCACGCGCAUAGCUCGGGGUCAGUUAGCCGAGCCAGGCAUGUUUCCCUUUCAAGCGGGUUUGCUGCUGCAGUUGCGCAACGGCAGCUACCGUCAGUGUGGUGGCUCGCUUAUAAGCCUAAGCUUUGUGCUCACAGCGGCGCAUUGCCUUAAAGAUGUGGCCAGUGGUGUAGUUUACCUGGGCAGCAACAAUUAUGCAGUGGCCGCCACUGCUGCUGAGCGGUUCGAAGUGCAGACUCAGCAGUUUAUUAUUUAUCCUGGAUACUUGGGCUUUGGCGGCUAUAACGAUCUGGCGCUCAUACAGUUGCCGAAACAGGCGCAGCGAACAGCUAAAGUGCAGCCGAUUAGGCUGGCGCAGCGCUUUAUGCGGCAGUCCUACCUGCAGGGUCAACUGGUGAGCAGCGCUGGUUGGGGCGCAUUGGGGGAUGGUAAGGCAGAGCGCCAGAGCUUGGAGCCUACAGCUGAGGAUAACCUGCUGCACUAUGUGGAUGUGCAGGUGAUGGAGCAGCAGCGUUGCAUUUGCUAUUUUCUGCCUGGUUUGGUUAGUGCGCAUCGGCAUAUUUGCACUGAUGGGCGUGGUGGGCGUGGCGCCUGUGAUGGCGACUCGGGUGGCCCGCUUGUCUAUCAGUGGCGCAAUGUUAGCUAUUUGAUUGGACUAACCACAUUUGGCACUGCGGAGGGCUGUGAGUUAAACGGUCCCACUGUCUACACGCGCCUAACUGCCUAUUUGGAGUGGAUUUCAGCUGAAAUGGGCUUACACGUUCACUAAGGCAACAGUCAACCCAAAUGCAAUUAACGCCUAAUUGUUGGCCAUUAAUUGCUUAACAAUAUAGCCAGCAGCAGCAGCA